AUGCUGUUCGGCUGCCGGGUAGCCGAGCCACUGUUGCUACUGCUGCUGCUGCCGGCGGCUUGUCUGGCAGAGAGCGGAGAGCCAGACAUUGACUUAGAGUCCCAAAUCAGCUGCACCUCGCACGUCGCCACCGCAGGUUGCAGUUUAACCUGUAAACUGACUGGCAGCAAGAGCGAGGACGACAAAGAUGACCGUGUGGAGUCGUUAAAAGCCUGUUUCUUUGUCAAUCUAGAGAACAAAAAAAGAUGCCUGUCGGUGCCGGGUGACUCGGUCACGUCUCCUAAACUGCGUCCCCUGCUCCAACUCGAGCUGAACAUCCGCCUUAGGAGUGAGAGAACCGUCAUGAAAAGAGUCCAACUGAAGGAAAUUGUUAAACCUCGAAGUCCAGAGGUUUGGAACAUGACUGUGAAGCCCGAGUCCAACCAGGCCGUGUUUCACAUUCGGACUCCCUAUGAGAACGACUAUCUAAAUGUUGAAAAUCAGCUUUUCCAGCUGUUCAUUUGGAACAUCGACAACAUGAUUCAAAAUGUGUCGUCGUCGGAUACGAUGGCCAUUGACCUGGAGCACCUCCAUAAAAACUCGAUCUAUCACGUCAAAGCGCGAGCAAUCCCACUCCGUUUUUAUAAGGGGAGCUGGAGCGAAUGGAGUAGCGCCUUCACAUUUUCCAUUCCCGAUGUCCAGACACAAAGUGACAAGAUGGAAAAACUGACGAGGAAGCUGGUUGUGUGUCUCCUCUCUCUGGUGGUGCUGACUUCCAUCCUUGGAAUCUUCUGGAAAAAAAAGAUAUUCCCUUACAUGUGGCCCAGCAUUCCACAUCCACAACCCAAUCUGCACAACUGCAAACCCAACAAAGUUGCCCUCCUACUCAACCUAAAACCCGAGGAAUUCAGUCCACUUAAUAUCCACCCGGUGGCCGAAUCAGUUGAGCAGGAGCGAGUUCAAGUUAUCCAUUGUGCAACCAGUGAUCUUACGCUGGCAACUGACCCCCAUUCAACCCAAAACUCCGACUGCAGCGUAAGCACGGAGGAACUGGAGCUUUCCCUCUCGCACGAUAGCAGUUGCUCCAACAGAGACGACAGCCUUCAGAGCUCCUCUUCGAUGCUUGUGGCCGCUGCUGUGCCGAGUCCAGGAGAACCUCUGCUGUUGGGGGUCUCUAAAAAGGAGGAUGAAUAUGUAACAAUGGCCAGUUUCUUUCAGGUUAAGUAG